AAACGCGCAGGCUUCUCGGCUCUGCAGACACCUUGCGGGGCGGGGCCCGGAGGCGCUCACCCCCCUCCGUCUGUUCUAGAAGUCUCUAGACCCCCCCGCCCCCCACUUCUGGACCGUCCCGAAACGCUUCCAGCCUGGGUUGCGUCUUCUGCCAGACCCCGGCCUGUCUUUCCCUUCCCGAGGAGACCACUCGGCCGGGUUCCUCCGUCCGGAUUUCUUUCCCUUAACUGAGACGCCUGGGGGGCUUCUCCCUCCCGGCGGGAGAGGGAAGGAUGAGGCCAGCUAGGGGCCUGGUCCCCGGGGAGGCGGAGGCUGGGAGACAGGCUCGCCCUCGAUCCUCAGUCUCUCCGCUGUAGUCCGCGGCCCUUCUGGAAGUGGGCGCGGCCGCGUGUGACCGGGGCUCGCGGCACCGACCGGUCUAGGGCUGGACCAUGCGCCAGUAACAUGUUCCCAGCGCUGGAAACAGAGCUAAAGCCGGAGACGCUUUCUGACCCCUAUGAAGACUUUAUGUUCCAUCACCUCCGCUACUAUGGCUACUUUAAAGAUCAGAAAGGCAGAAUACAAAACUCUGCUAGGAAUCAGCCUGUUUGGAAGAACAGUCCUCGGUCCCUCUUGAAUGGUCCUCUGGGGGAAAGAGAUGACCUGAGAUCGUCAGACCACCGGCGGAAGGAGAAGCUUCUUUGGCCUCGAUGUCUGUCUUCAACCGAGCAGCGGCGGAGAGAAGCACUGAACAGAGAUUCCCUUGUGCUGAACUCAUCCCAUCUUAAGAGCAAACAGCUGCUUUAUGAUGAGUUUGGAGAAGUAAUCCCACGUCUCCGAGAACCCCGAGAUCUCUUCGGCCUUUGCUCAAGAGACGGGACCCCACAGGUGCCAAAAUGGCCAAUAGAAUGUGAAGUCAUCAAGGAACACGUUCAUCAUAUUGAGUGGAUUCCACCUCAUCCAGAAUAUUUUUAUCAACCUACAGGAAAUGAAAAGUUACCAGAAAUUGUAGGAGAGGAAAAAGGCAGAGUUGUCUACCAAUUAGAUUCAGCACCCAGGGAGGAUUCCUACUUCACCAGCUCCAGAGUGGGAGGCCGGCGAGGAGCGAUCAAGAGGCUGGCCGUCCCGUUGGAAGGACCGGAAGAUGAGACGCUGCUGUUCGAAUCGAGGUUUGAGAGUGGGAACCUGCAGAAAGCCGUCCGCGUAGACACCUAUGACUACGAACUCACCUUGCGGACCGACCUCUACACAAACAAACACACCCAGUGGUUCUAUUUCCAAGUUCAAAACACCAGAAAGGAUGCCGUCUAUCGCUUCACCAUCGUCAACCUGCUCAAGCCCAAGAGCCUGUACGCCGUGGGGAUGAAGCCACUCCUGUACUCCCAGGCCGACGCCCAGAGGCACCGCAUCGGCUGGCGGAGAGAAGGCAGCGAGAUCAGGUACUACAGGAACCCCGUGGAGGAGGGGCAGCAGCCCUGCUACUGCCUCACGUGGACCGUUCAGUUCCCGCACGACGACGACACGUGCUACUUUGCCCACUUCUACCCCUACACGUACACCAACCUGCGGUGCUACCUCCUCUCCGUGGCCAACAACCCCGUCCAGUCCCAGUUCUGCAAGCUGCGGACGUUGUGCCGGAGCCUGGCCGGGAACACCGUCUACCUGCUCACCAUCACCAACCCCUCCCGGACCCCUCAGGAGGCAGCGGCCAAGAAAGCGGUGGUGCUGAGCGCCCGAGUCCACCCCGGGGAAAGCAACAGCUCGUGGGUCAUGAACGGCUUUUUGGACUUCAUCCUGAGCAGCUCCCCGGACGCCCAGCUCCUCAGGGACCUCUUUAUCUUCAAAGUGAUCCCCAUGUUAAAUCCCGACGGCGUGAUCGUGGGGAAUUAUCGGUGUUCGCUGGCUGGGAAGGACUUGAACAGGCAUUAUAAAACCAUGCUGAAGGACUCCUUCCCUUGCAUCUGGCACACCAGGAACAUGAUCAAGAGGCUUCUGGAGGAAAGGGAGGUUCUCUUGUACUGUGACUUCCAUGGCCACAGCCGCAAGCAUAACAUCUUCCUGUAUGGCUGCAACAGCAUUGACCGAAAGUACUGGCUUCAUGAGCGCGUCUUCCCUUUAAUGUUAAGCAAAAAUGCCCCCGAUAAGUUCUCUUUUCACAGCUGCAAUUUUAAGGUGAAAAAGUGCAAAGAGGGCACGGGACGAGUGGUGAUGUGGAGGAUGGGCGUCCUCAACAGCUACACCAUGGAGGCCACUUUCGGAGGCUCCACCCUGGGCAAUAAAAGAGACACCCACUUUACCACCGAGGAUCUUAAGUCCCUGGGUCAUCUUGUCUGUGACACCCUUCUGGAUUUGUGUGAUCCUGAUCAAACCAAGUUCACACAGUGUCUCGCAGAGCUUAGAAACCUCUUACAACAGGAAAUCCACAAGAAACUCCACGAACUUGGACGAGAUAUAGUAGAAGGAAGUUGGAGUGAUAUUUCUUUGUCUGACAUUGAAUCCAGCACCAGUGGCUCUGACAGUUCCCUCUCCGAUGGCCUUCCCAUUCGCCAGGUGAACAUGGCAAACGAGCUGUCGUAUCAGCAAAGGAAGGUGUCGAAGAAGAAGAAAAAGAAGUCGCUGCAGACGAGGAAGCAGCGGAAUGAGCAGUACCAGAAAAAUGCCACAAUGAGGAAGUUGACGGCAGACAUGCCAGAAAGAACAGAGUUUCCCUCUGCUCUGCCAAAGCAGCCCACCUCUUUCACACAGUCAGAGAAUUCCAGUGCUGCAGCCCUGAGGAAUGAGAAACUGAGGCUGAACGAGUCACAGUUUAACGGACGAGACAAAGCCUCCUUCCUGGAGCCAUCGAAAACGUCUGCCUCGAUUCUGACUAAGAGUAAAGACAGAAUGCAGAAAGAGAAGCCAAUAUCCAUGUUAUUCUGUUCUCCAAAGAGAAACCCCAACACCAGUCAAGCACCAGCCCCACACCUGAAGGCUCACCCGCCCCGGCACAGAUACCUCCUGCCAAAGAGAGGCCGCACGACCAUGGUGGCGUACCCGUCCCUGCACGUCUACACUUACCCGUAGGAGCGUGGGGAGCACCGUGCCCAGGAACCGCAUGGCCCGACCUUCCAGCGCGCGUUUCCGCUGGGCCACGUGCCUUCAAGAUGCAUACCUCAUGUACUAAAUUAUUUUUCUUUCCUAUAAAAUGUUACCAUGCUAUCUAGAAAAGCUUUCUUUAUCAGAAAUCAGCGUGCGAGCCUCUGCCGCACGGCUGGGCUGCGCCUCUUUACUGAUAAGCAGCAGAGUCUCUCUGAAAGGACACGCAAAUCAGUUUUUAAAAAAUCAGACUCCUAACUGUAUUCUGGGAGCGUGCGAUGCUGAAGUCAGAGCUUCUGGCUCAGGGGAAUAGCACCGAGGCUUAGAGCAGCUGCCCUGCCGGCAUGUGGUCGUAGGGUCACCCUCCCGCCCCCCCCCGCCCCCCGUGUCCCACAUGCACCCAGCACCAGCCGGGCCCUUCCGCUCUCCGGAACCUACAGCCCCAUGCUUGGUUUCCCGCCGCACAGGUGCGUGUGAGCACGACAAGCAGGGGUGCGACCCUUAGUACCAUCAACUGCAAAAGAGGAGCAAGUGCCGCUGCAGGAAGUGCAGCCUUUGGUGCACAGUAAGUAUCGGGUGCACCAGUGAAGCACCCCCAGUGAGCACUGCAUGAGCACUGUAAUUUGAUGUAUUUUCCACACACACACACACACACACAGGGAGCACCUCUGCACCCCAACUGUAACACUGAAAGGAAGGGGCAGGGAAUGAAAAAAGAAAUAAUUUAAGUCAAAUAAAAUUGCUAAAAUAAGGAAGUCCAUUUCCCAGCAGUCAGUAAUGUGUUUCACGGUGCGCUGAGAAGCCAUUCAUGUAGCAGCAGUGAUUUAAUCAUGCAUUAUGUCAAACUGCUCAUUUUGUAACCUAUUGACUAAAAAUUAGAGCACUAGUCCAGCGGGGAGGGUGUUGGCCUUGCACAACCCCGGUUGGAUCUCCGGCCUACGAUAUGGUCCCCCCAGCCCCACCAGGACUCACCCCUGAGCAUCACCAGGUGGGACCCAAAAAGCAAAAAUAAAAUAAAAAAAAAAAA